AUGUGUGAUGCCUCAGACUUCGCGGUUGGAGCAGUGUUGGUCAGAAGGAGCUACAUUGUGGGCUCAAAGGUCAUCGUUCACACCGAUCACGCAGCUCUCAAGUAUCCUUACACCAAGAAAGAUGCUAAACCGAGGCUGAUUAGAUGGGUUCUCUUGCUUCAAGAGUUCGAUAUCGAGAUCGUCGACAAGAAAGGCACCGAGAACAGCGUGGCCGAUCAUCUAUCAAGAUUGAGGAUUGAAGGGAGAUGUUCCCAUCGAUGA